GAGUCAUGCGGUAGCGCGGCGGCGCGGCCGGGCGGCGGGCGAACACUCGUGCGCUCUCGGCUAUGUGCCCCCUUUGCGCUACAUUGUAAGUCUCGAUUUGUCGAUGACAGAACCAAGGAGGACCCAUGUCUUACUGGGGUGGUGUUAGCCUAAGAUGGUGUUGGCGCUGGUGGUCGGACUCCUGUGCGUGUGGGGCCGCUUGAGCGUCGCCAACCCUGAUGCAAAGCGGUUGUACGACGACCUGUUAUCCAACUACAAUCGCCUGAUCCGGCCCGUGGGCAACAACUCAGACCGACUCACCGUCAAAAUGGGGCUUAGGCUCAGUCAACUCAUCGACGUUAAUCUUAAGAAUCAAAUUAUGACAACGAACGUGUGGGUAGAACAGGAAUGGAACGACUACAAAUUAAAAUGGAAUCCAGAUGACUACGGGGGAGUCGACACAUUGCACGUGCCUUCCGAACACAUAUGGCUCCCAGACAUCGUUCUUUAUAACAAUGCGGACGGUAAUUACGAGGUGACAAUCAUGACAAAAGCAAUUCUACAUCAUGAUGGGAAGGUAGUGUGGAAACCGCCCGCCAUCUACAAAUCCUUCUGCGAGAUUGACGUGGAGUAUUUUCCUUUUGAUGAGCAAACCUGUUUCAUGAAGUUCGGAUCUUGGAGCUACGAUGGGUACACGGUGGACUUGAGGCACUUAAAACAGACACCAGAUUCGGACCACAUAGGAAUGGGCAUCGAUUUAUCUGAAUACUAUAUAUCAGUUGAAUGGGACAUAAUGCGCGUUCCAGCUACGAGAAAUGAAAAGUUCUACUCAUGCUGUGAAGAACCAUACCCUGACAUUAUUUUCAAUCUCACUCUUAGAAGAAAAACCCUCUUCUACACAGUCAACCUUAUCAUUCCUUGUGUUGGAAUCUCUUUUUUGUCAGUCCUUGUAUUCUACUUGCCAUCAGAUUCCGGCGAAAAGAUCUCACUCUGCAUCUCCAUUCUUUUGUCUUUAACUGUAUUCUUCUUACUGUUAGCAGAAAUUAUCCCACCGACAUCGCUGACGGUGCCGCUGCUGGGAAAAUAUUUGUUAUUUACUAUGAUGCUAGUUACAUUAUCAGUAGUUGUCACUAUCGUGGUGCUAAACGUAAAUUUUAGGUCCCCAGUCACCCACCACAUGGCCCCGUGGGUGCGCAAAGUCUUUAUAGAUUUUUUACCCAAAAUAUUGUGUAUACAAAGGCCAGAGAAACCGCCCGACGAUGACGAUAACGAUAAACCGACUGAGGUCCUCACGGAUGUCUUCGGUGGAGAUGACAUGGAUGGAAAGUUUAAGGAAUGGGGUUGCGAGGAAUAUGAACUUCCAGGUAUGCCCCCUUCUCCGCCACCUCCGCCGGGGGGCGACGAUGAACUAUUUUCUCCAUCCCCGGGAUCCCCAUGUCGAUUGGACUUAGACGACGGUAGCCCAUCUCUAGAGAAACCCUACGUGAGAGAGAUGGAAAAGACUAUAGAAGGUUCCAGAUUUAUUGCUCAGCAUGUCAAAAAUAAAGAUAAGUUUGAAAGUGUGGAGGAUGAUUGGAAAUAUGUAGCGAUGGUAUUAGACAGAAUAUUUCUGUUCGCAUUUACGAUAGCUUGCGUCCUGGGGACGGCGCUCAUUAUAUUUAGAGCGCCAACCUUUUACGACAAUAGCAAACCAAUCGACAUCCUAUAUUCAAAAAUUGCGAAGAAGAAAUUGGAGUUGCUCAAAAUGGGCUCUAUAGGAGACCCGGGUCUCUGAAAUUCGUCUCACGUCUUCGGCCACCCGCCGCCGAAGACGUUCUGGGAGCUCAUCGUUAUGUGGUGGCAUGGAUGAUCCAUGUAAAGCUCCCAGUUGGGAACUGCUAGGCGAGGACAUGUUUUUGUGCUCAGUGUGGUGCCAAGCGCCAGGUGCGCUAUAGGACGUGUGAACGCCAUAAGCGUAGCCAAAGCCGUCUUUUUAUAAUAGAAACUCGAACUCGAGACUGUGUCCGUCGAUAGUGGAAGCCAGAACAAGGCAACCUGAAGACAACCGUUUUUUGUUAUUGUCGGAUCCUCCGCAACUAUUUUUAUAAUUAGAAAUGCUGUAUUGACCGUUUAUACUUUAAACAAAUGCAUAUUUUGUAUGUUUUCAUCAAAUACUUUCUUUUCCUGAAUUAUUUAUCAACAGCGCACAAAGAUUGUACAGUGUAUCUUUAGGAGUUUGUAUUAUUUCUUGUAAUGUGACAAAAUCUAUUUCAUUUGAAAUGAUAGGUAACAAAUGUUAUGUACUAACAGUUACUUACCUAUAAAUAUUUACUUCGAAUAAAUCGAGCUCAAUUUCAUAAUGUUUAAGUAUUGUAAAUUGGUACUAUUCAAUCUAACGUCGAUUAGCAUCAAACAUUAUUAUAAUAGUUUUGUGCAAACGUCCUCUAUGAGAGCCGGACAUUCUAGAUGUAUUUAAAUAAUGGUGAUGUAAUUUUGAAUUAUACAUUUAGUAUUUGAUAAACUACGUACUCGCGUAAAAAUCAUAAGGACAAUAUCGAUAAUAUGACGAAUGGUAAUAAUUCCCCUGUAGUUGUAAUGAAGUUAUAAGAAAUUGUAGAUAUUUUUAGGUUUAUAAGUCUAGUCAUCAGUAAUGUGAAAGAAACACUUAUCAUAAUGCCAAAAUAGUUUAUAGAGUCACGUCGCGACGGUGAUAUUAUUUGACUAGAUAUAUUUGUGAAACACAAUUGACUGCCAAUUGUAAAUUACAUUUUUAUAAAGUCGAUAUUCUUAGAUAGUUCGGUAACUUGUUUUAUUAGAUUUUUUAAACGGUGUGCCAAAUCUGCCAGCAGUAAACAAUAUAGUUCCCGAUGAUAGCCAAAGUAUACUGGAGUUCUGUUAGUGUUUUAUAUACUUGAUAUUCGAUACAUUGUUUUAGAUUUCGCUUAAAAUUAUAUUGAUUCUAACAUAAUCAUAAGAUACCAAACGAAUGCUUGCCCAAGAGUAACGACUGAAAGAUCUCACACUAAAACGCUUAAUUUUGUAUGCGCCUAUUGCAAAGGAAGAGGCGUAUCGUAUUUCUUCCGUAUGAUUAAUAAUAACAGUAAUUUCACUAAUAAAUCCUAGAGUACAGGGUAAAUUUAGUACACAAGUUUCUUCUCCUGAUUUAUAUUCUCACAUAUUUUCACCGAUUGUAAAGUCUUUUACUCACUUAUCGGCACUUAACCAUUCACAUUUUAGAUAAGAUCAUUGUUGAGGUUUGUGACCUAGUCUGUAACGAUUUAGGUAACCAUAUAUUUAUUUGUACCUAGAUUAGAUUCAAUAUUUAGACACCUAUUUCAUUUUGGUUACACUUAAGUGUUACAUUGUUCACGUUUCUAUAAAUAGUUUGUUUAGUAGUUCGUACGUUUGAAUAUUAUUUCAAACACUUCACGCAUCAUAAGCGUUUUUACCUCACUUCGACCCAUUUUAUAGGGUAUUGUAGCAGUCUAACGUAAUAAAAAAAAAAUAUUUCGAGCCGCGUAUUUGAUAUGUCAAAGUAACUCAUGAUAAUGUUUAUUAGAUAAAAAUUACUUAGAUAAAUCAGUAAAUUAUGAAAUCCACAGCGAGCAGAUAGGAAAACAGGGAUGGUUAUAUUGAAAAUAAAUCAAAUUGUUUUGUGUGAUUCGUCUUCAUAUAUAUAAGUGUUAUUGGAUGUGUAUAGCUGUUUGUGUCUGAUAAAUGCAUACACUGGGCUAGUAUAGUUUAGAUGAUACGUAAACGUAGUUUAACAUACGUUAAUACGGUCUAAUGUGUUAGACGAAGUUGUGAAAAGCUCGCUAAAGGUUGAAACUAAAAUGUUAGCUCCGUCUCUGGGAAACUACUCGUAUUUGGACUUCGUUUAGUAAGGCUCUAAUUAUAUCAGGUCCUUCAAUGGAAUUUUGAUGGAAUUGUGUAUAACUGAAUGAUUGCUAAUAAUUAAUUUUCUAAUAAGGAUUCACAGACACGUCGAUUAUUGGAAGUAGGAAUGUGCUAUUGCACGCACCGAAACACACCAAUUUAGUGUUAUUGAUAACUAUUAUCUUUAAAGGCUAGUUAAGUCCACAGGCUUCCCACAUUGUUUCGUGGUCAUCUGAACUUUUAUUGUAGAUAUUUGCUAGAAAAUGGACGGGUCUGUUGUUAUUUUUAUAUGACUGCAAAUGAUAAUAGAUUUUCUAAUAACACCAUAGGAUUAAUGGUUGUUUAGGAAUGAGUGUUACGGUUAACAUUAUUAUUAGCCGGGGUGAUUGAUUGGGAUGUUAAAAAUAAGCUGAAUUGAAUAAAAAUAUAUAUUGUAAAUAUCUCUAUUGAGGAGAGUCUGAAAUAUGGAGCUAAGAUUAGUAUUGUAAUAACUGUGGAUUUUAAUACCUAUACCUAGGCAAUAUCAAUAAACCUGUCUCAAUAAAGGCAACGUAGUACUUGUAAAAGGCCAGGAAGUGUUUUAUACAAUUAAAAUAUAUUCCUAAGUUCUAAAACAGGACGAGCUAAGCCGAUACAACGAGUAAUGACCCUAAAGAUUUGUAGUGUGUAUGAAAUUUGAUAAACAUGAAAAUAAUUUACCAGCUCUUACAACUUAUUCUUUUACCAACACCAAUUCUGAAAUUUGUAUGACCGAAUUAAAAUUACUUCGUGAUAUGUUUUCUUAUAUAAUUGUUGCUUACGUCUCAAAGACAUACACAAUAAGGUUUAUUAUUACUACUUCACUUGUUUUAGAAAUUGUUAUUUCGUUAUUAAUAUUUAAUGGUUUCUCAUUAAUUAAUGUUGUUAAUAAAAUGUACGUUUCGUCUAAAUGUCUAUGUAAUGAUUCGGGUGAUAAACGGGUAAGCAGCAGUAGUGAUUAUCGUAUAUCUGAACGGUAGAUAGGUAAUAAAUUUAAUAAACUGAACAAGCUAGGUCAACACUCGUCAAUAAGUAAAUUAAAUGGGUACUUGUAUUAAUUGUAAGUGGUAUUAAAAUUAGCUUCUCAGUGUUUUUUAGAGUUAGUCGACGAAUGGGUCAGCUCAAAAACGCGGUGUCAGAUAAAUUUGUUACUAUACGAAUAACAAACAGUAUAUCUUUAUUUUUUUUUUUUAUAAUUAAAGAAUUAAUUUCAGUAAAGCUUGCUUUUGUUUAAUAUCAAUCAUUUCGUACAUUCAUUUUAUUUUCCCGAUAUACAUUUUUUACAGAAGUUAACAUUAUUUAAUUGAAAAAUAUUAUUUUUACAGAAUCUAUUAGUAAAUGACCAUUAAUUUAUUUGUAAUAUUUAUAUUUAUGUGCUAAUAAAGAUUUAUGUAUAAUUUUCUUUCAGUUCAGUUUUCUUUGAAAAAAAAUCUCCAUCCUCAACUUUAAAGGAACGAUACUCAGUCAAGGCAAUAUAAUAUUGAAAAGAAGUUAAUUCGAGUUUGGUAUUCAGGGUUGUCGCAUAAUAUAUUUAAAAUCUAGUUUCUCUCUUCACUGAGUAUCGUAUGCUUGAGGACAAUUGAUUAGUAUGAUCAAACGCAAUUUAUUUAGUUUUUAUAUUAAACAGUGUCUAUAUGUUUAAUAUUGAUCGAUAUUACGUUAGUUUAUCUUCGAAAUAGAUCAAAGUAUAUGUUAACAAGUUUGUCUGCAUCGGGUUGUGGAGUUGCAAACUCAUAGUCAGCUAUCACAUGGCUGUCAAUAAUUUUAAGGAAUCAACUUAACCGAAAUGUUGACAUGUAAAUAUAGCAGAUCAACAUAGAAAUUUAAAUAAUAUUAUAAUUGACAAGUUAUUUUUCUACAUUCCUUUCACAGUACCUUUAGCGCUAACGUAGCAUUGUAGAGUGGACGUAGUAAUAUAUAAUAUUAUGUUAACACGUUUAUUUCUAGAUAUAUAAUAUUCUAAUACAAAAUGUCAUACAGCAAUAAAUUUUCCGAUCAUGUAUAAUUUAUUUCAUAUUGUCAUAUAUUUAUUUAUUUAUAAUCGUUAAUUGUACGAAUAACUUUAAAGCUUGCUUUGACAUCAAAGUCGGUAUUAAAACAGAUAAUCCGUGACGCUUUAUAAUUAGGUUCAUUCGAAAUCUAGAAUUUCGUAUAGCUAUUUAUUCGAUAACACCUUUAUAUUUGCUUUAUUGCACGUUAUAUUUUGUUUACCUUCCUUCCUUUUUCAAUGUUAUCUCACUUUUAUAUCUACAUAAUAUUAAAUACUCUAUAUACCAUAUUAUAAAUAUCUAUGUAAGUUAGGCGUAUUUGCAUGUUUAAUCGAACGUCUUCCAAAGUGACGUAUGUUAUAAUUUCUCAUAUUAUCAUUUAUCUUUACGCAUAAAAUAUUUAUAUCAAUAAUUCUAAUGUAUCUACUUCUUUUGAAGAUUUCUUCAUGAUUAAUACCAUAGCUUUCUUUGUUCGAUGCAAAUAAAUUAUCAGUUCUGUUUUUAUAUAAAAAAAAAAUAGUUACUCAUAAUAAUAUACAUAAUAGAUUAAAAUGUACUUAAUAAGUAGUCGAAACCACACGAAAUUUGCGUUGAGCUUCCAACACGAUUAGAUGUAAAUACAGAAAUAAUAAACCAUUUUCAAUCUAUAUUAACACUCUUACUUCUUUCACGGAAUAUAAUUUACUAGUGUAUGUGAGUUGUGUGUCUUUUUAUCUUGCUUUUUAGAGCGAUUUAUGAGAAUUUCCGUACUGGAAUCGCAGUAUCCUUCUUUGAACGUCCCAGUAGGCUCAUUUGGUUCGCCAUGAGAUUUUGCGAAUGUUCCUUCCCUUUGUAAAUGUUAGCUUUGAUCUCACCGAUUAAUUUGUUGUAGACUUUCUGUGUGCCUUAUUUUAUUAGUCUUUAAAUCUGCGUUGUCAUUAUUAUAAUCUCCAAUUUGAUGUAAAGGUUGUUGUGCAUUAAACAAAAUUAGACAAGAACAACUAGAUGGCGCUGGAAUCGAGACAUGUGUUUUCGUUGAUUAUUUUUUAAUAAUUUAAAGUAAAAUUACUAAAUUGACAAGUGAUUUUUACUAUUAUGUAUGAAUAAUAAGUCACAACUAAUAUGCGAUCUUUUCCUGAAUAUUAGAAUACAUACAAUUGCAUAUUUCUUGCUACUAUGUGUUUUUUUUAAGUUGUACAAUACAAGAGAAUAAGAAUAUGAUGAUGAAUUAUGACUAUGUCAGUAAAAAAUAAAUAAAACCUCACGCCAAUUUAGAAAUUUUGUCUCAAAUUGUAUUUAAUUACAAAAUAAUUAAAAAAGCCAUGAAUCUCGAUUCUAGCGCCAUCUAGUAUUUCAUGUCCAAAUUUGUUAUUGAUCAACCAUUUUAAGUGAAAUCUUUUAAUGUAAUAUGGUGUAAAAAACGCAACGCCAUGUAUGUUUUGAUUUAAAAUGGCAUUAAUACUUUGUCGUAAGUUAAAAUUUUUGAAAUUAACGCGGUUGAUUGUUACACAUUAUUUGAAUUAUAGUCGCAACGGCAUACUGUAUAGGUUAAGGUUGUACGUUCGAAAUUUUUGUCUGUCGUUAUUAAUAUUAAUGUAAAUGUCCUCUACUAGUAAUAUUAAAUUUUUCAGUUGGUUAUGAUAUUUUUUUCACCUUUCUAGUCACGAGUAACGGUGUUUGCUGUGUACAAAUUGAAGAUGUCUAUUACCUGAUUAAACCCUAUGAAAUUCUUGUUUUAAUACCUCGUUCUGAUGAUUUAAAUCCCUUUUUAUAUUUUUUUAAAUUGUUUCCUUUUAAUACGUAUUAAUGUUAUAUCUUAUAAAUUUUAGAUCGAAAUAUAAUUUCGGAUAAAAGUUCAAUGAAUUCGAUUAUAUUUGAGUAUUAUUUUUAAUAAUUAACUUUAUUUUAUUUAAACGACAUAGUUAUUGCUUAUGUCCAAUGUUCGUGAUCCUUACCUAAUUAUUGUUUUAAAGUAAGUAUUAUUUUUACCUAAGUUCCGCUCUCUGAAAAUGGAGGUAAAUAUAAACAAGGAAAUAAACGCACAAAGCUCAUAGAAAAUAAAAUAAAAUAAUUAUAACAAAAAAAAAAAUAAUAAUACAAUUCUACGAGUUCAAUCUUCUUGACGUCUACAAUUUUUACACGCGCAAACAGACAGCUGAAAGUGACAUUUGCAAACGAACACCACACUAAUGAUACAAAAUAUAGUUAAUAGAUAGUACACGAGAGUGGAUUCCUAAUUUAUUUUAAUAUAAGAUACUUAAUAUAACAUAAUACAAUAAUAGAUUUCUACGGGAUUUCAAUGGUCACUUAAUAGGAUUAGCUUAGAGCCAAAUAUUACAAUUGUCGAAGUCGUUUGUAUCACAAAAUUAUGAACAUUGCCACUGAAUAAUAUUUUAAGGUUUAUGCACUAUGCUAUAUAUAUAUAUAUAUAUAUAUAUAUAUAUAUACAUAUACAAAUAAAUAUGUUCGUACGAUAAGUUCUAAGUCAUAAUAGCUCAAUAAUAUACGGAACUCUAUGAAAUUGUAUAAUAAAUAUAUAAUAGUAAGCAAUUAUAAUAAUACAUUAGGUGAAUGGAAAGUUAUGAGUAAGGAACGCGAAAUAAUAUACUUAAUGAGUAAUUUAGGUGUACGAUUUAUAAUUAAGUCCCAUUUUGUAAUGUUAAAAUUAAUUAAAAAUCAAAAAAUCAGCACUAACACGUACUAUUAUGAAUACACUCAUAACUUCUUACUGCUAAUAUUGAAAUGUAUUAUAAAUAUGAACU